UAGUGAGGAACUUGGGACUCAGAGGAGACCUAUUUUCAGCACCUGCACAGACAACAUUGUCGUGAUAGGUAACUUUGCUUGACUCUCUGCACGUAGCUCUUUGGAGUAACAAAGUCAUUUCAUACCAGCCACCAGCAUGCUAUUAGAGGACUGCAGAGAGCUAUGGAUAACUUUGAGUACAGUAUCCAGAUUAAUGACCGUGAUUGGGCAGAGUUUUACGCCGCAGCAGAGGAAUGUAACUUGAUGCAAGUUGCUUUGGCUACAGAAGAGGAACUUAUACUGAGUGACCCAGAACUUGAAGAUUCCAAACCACUUCCCUCAGCUACUUCUAGUGCAAAGCUUAUUCGGGUAAGCCUAUGUCCCACACAGGAGGAGCAUCCUACAGUUCAGAGCAAAUCAGUGCUCAUUUUACCUGCAAAGCCCUCAAAGGUCAACUUCAUUGGCCAAAGUGAAGAUGUGCUUUCAGGGAGUGAAGAUGAGGAAGAACUGGGGUCUGUUUUAAAAUUUCUUUGUCAAAGAAACACUCCUUCUCACAAGGAGAAAGUGGCAUUGCCUUGUGCAGAUAUUCUUCUACCAAAGACAACAGACAAUAAAGAUAUCUCAUCAAUUGAUUCAGUUAAUGAAUGUUUAGCUGGACAUCUAAAGAGCCUCCACAAUCAAAGAAAAUUGUUUAAUGAGAUGGAAACCUCACAAGAUAUAGCGGGAAAUAUAGUAAACAUAAAUAAUAUGAGUGACAAAGAGAAGGAAGCACCACAUGUCACUAACGGAAAUGCACCAAGUGAGCGUCAGUAUUCCAAACCCAAAACUGGGUCAUUUUGUUUACCCAAUGGUAAUAACUCAUCGGAUGAUGCCAUAUUUAAAACUCAACCACCUCAUUCAAUAAAUAGUUUUCUUUACAAAGGAUGUAAUCCAGGUGAGAAUAUCAGUAGUUCCAGUUUACCUGAGGACUGUAUGACAUCUGUACCGUGGGAGUAUAACAAUAUUGAUGAAAAUGUAAAUUCAGUAAAGAUAAACCAAUCUGAGCCUGAAGUAGAUAUCAGUGCAAGGUGGAGCCAGGAAGAGUAUGGAUGCUUAAAUGUAACAGGUCAAACCAACAAACUGCUAACCAGCAAAGACAAAAACAUACAGGGUUUGGUAGAAUCUCUUGAAUCCAGAUGUAAUAACACAAGCAAAAGUGUGGUCUGUGAUGUAGGUGAUGGAACCUUUAUGCAAAAAUCAGGAAGUGAUAGUUAUAUAAACUGGGAUAGCAAUUUGGGAAAUCACACAGCACCUUUGACUGAAAGACUAAAUAUUCAUGCUCCAGAAGAAGCCAAUGUGAUCCACAUAGCAACCCAUGAGACUGGCAGUGAAGGCUGCAAACUGUCUGCUGGUGAUGAUACAAACCUAAGAGUCAGACUUUCAUCCAAUCAGACUGUAGACAUCAUGGACUCAUCUGUACCACUCUCUACAGAACACUUUCAGAACACCAUCCUUACCAUUCCUGAAAUGUAUGAGUUUUUUUACAGAGAUACAUCAGAGGGAAUGAUUACUGAAAAAAUACCUAGAACCUCAAAAAAACAAGGGGAAGGGAUUAUGUAUACACCCGAGAUGUAUGAAUACUUUUUCAUUGAAAAUGGUGAGGAAGAGAUCAGAACUAAUUUGCCUGCAUUAAGACAAAAAAGAAAAGGUUCAUGCAUAGGUUUGGUGCUCAGUCCAGUCAGGAAGAAGGAAGGUAAAGACACAUCAGAAGUUCUUUGUGUGCCUGAGGCAUAUGAAUUCUUCUUUGCUGAGAGGGACGAUGACCAGCAGGGUGGCAAGCAAAUCUUGUUCGGUAUACCAGCUUUCCAAGCAAAAAAUGCUGCUGAAGCUCUCCAGACGUUCCUUCCUCAAGGGUUGUGCAGAGUAAGAAAAGGCAUAGCUGUCAGAGAGACCCAUCACAUGAAAAACAAGAAUGAAAGAUUUAGUGUCCCCGAAAGGAUUAGGACGAUGGGGCCAAGAAAGGAGACAACUGUAGCAAUACCAAGAACAAGAGAGUCUGCAAUUUCUAAUAUAUCCUCUGGCAAAGGUGAAAUGUGCUUGUUGUUUCUUGCCUUUGCAUCUUGGGCUGUAAAAUCUUCAGACUUGGGGUCUCCAGAUGGUUGGAAAACAGCUCUGAUAGCAAACCUUGGCGCCAUUUCAGCAAUCAGAUAUUUACGGAAACGCUCUGGAAAAACAUGGCAAGAACCUUGACAGACUAGAGAAGAGAAAGGCAAAAGUCUCUACUCAGCACCAUGCUUAGUUUAGAGGCAUAACUUUACCAUAGGUAGUGUGAACAUUGUAAGUUCCAUGGCUGGUUAUUGCAUGAUUGUUUCAUUCAAAUCUUUGAAGCUUUUAUUCAUUCCCCUAGUACUGAAGCUAGUUUUCAGUCUAUACAGCAAAGAAUUUCAUUAUUGCUUUCGAGAAAAUUCUACAAUCAACACUUGUUGGUGCCUAGGAUGAUGUACAAACAGAAAUACCAAUGAGCAUAUAGCAACUUCAUGAGAUACGUUAUGGUGCACAUAAAGAGUGAUGGAACUUUUCAAAGUAUGUGGAUUGUAUAGAAUCUGGAUGUUCUUUAAAGACUGCAAGAAGAAAGACUAUGGAUGUGAAAUAGGUCUGAUACUGUGGGGUCAGUAUGUGAAAUGCAAACUCCAACUUAUCUCAAGGUACAUAGGAUAAGGACUCUGAGAUCUGGGAAAUAAUUGCUUUGUGUUAGAACCUAUCAGUGGGCUCUAUGAAGACAAAAAUUUGACUACUGCAAUAAUAGCAGAGCCUAUGGUGUGAGCCAUAUAGCACAUUCUAUUUGGUUCUGUAUUAAAUAGCAAGAGAUUGUUUGCUAUAAUAUUUUAUAAUAUUAUGUCUCACACAGGUGUAUUUAGUUUUUGUGCUGCCCUAGGCACUGAUAAAUCUGCUGCCCCUCUAAAAAUCCCCUGUGUUGUCAUUAUAACAUCCCCCCUAUCUCAUUGCGCCAUAGAUUUACCCCAAAAUUUUAUGCCGCCCUAUAUCCUGCUACUCUCAGCCAAAAUAGUGUUAACUUACAUCUCAUAAUCAGUGAUUGCACUGAUGUUUUCAUUGCUUAUUAUCAUUUGUGUCUAAGCAGGAUAGGCCGUCUCUGUACUGAAUUCAUAUGCAUAGCAUCAAAAAUAAUUGGAAACACUAUCUCAAGAUCCAUAAACUGUACCUAAAGCAGAUGCUAUUUAAAUAUGCUAUAAUAAAACUAUACAUUAAUUAGAAGCAGCUUUAAAUAUUGUAAGUUCAACCUCACUUCAGACUUAAAUUUACAAACCUUUUUUCGAAACAAUCACUGGAUGCCUUAGUACAAAUACAACUGUAGAAAGGUAUUUUUGUGUGUCUGAGUUAACAAAUUACAUACCUUACCCUUACUGUUUCUUGUUUUAUAGAGACAUGAUAAAAUAGCUAGCUAUGGUGUGUUUUAUUAAUAUUUAUUAUUCAUAUCUAAUCUAAUACAAUAUUUCAAUUUAAUAGAAUAUAGAUUGUUAUUUAUGUACAGAAACCUUAAAGGGACAUAAAGCCCAACAAUUUUCUUUCAUGAUUCUGAUGAGCAAAUAAUUUUAAACAACUUUCCAAUAUUCUUUUUAUUAUUUACGUUGCUUUGUUCUCUUGAUAUAAUUUGUUGAAAAGUUUACUUAGUUAUGCCCAGGAGCUGGGAGCAAGCUGUUGAUUGGUGGUUACAAUAUAUUCCUCUUUUCAGAUAGUUCCCAGUAGUGCAUUGCUGCUCCUUCAGUAAAGGAUACGAAGCAAAAUUGAAAAAUGUAUAAUAGAAGUAUUUUAGAAAAUUGUUUAAAAUUGUGAAUUGAAUAGUGAAAGAAUAUUUUGGGGUUUUAUUACCUUUUAAUCAUUCAUCUGAUGUAUGUAUUUGUAUUUGUGUGUGAGUUUGUAAAACUCUUGUAGCAUUGUUGGUGCAGCACAGUGGGGUCCCCUUCACUUGUACCAUUUUGGUCUGCAUGGUGCUGGGGAUAAAAACAAUGGAAUGCACAUUUUUAUGUCUAAGUACAAAGAAAUCGAUGACCUCCCUCCCCUUACAUGGACUAUUUUAAAAAGCCACUGGGAUUCAGGAACAUAAAGGACAUGAAACCGAAUAUUUUUCUGUCGUGACUCAAAGCAUACAAUUUUAAACAAAUUUACAAUUUAUUUCUAAUAACAAAUUUGCUAGAUUCUCUUGGUAUCCUUUUUUGGAGAGGUAAUAAUGCAUUACUGGGAGCUAGCUGAACACACUGGGAGAGCCAAUGACAAGAGCCAUAUAUAUGUACAGCCACCCCAGUAGUAUAUUGCUGCAACUCAGCCUACCUAAGUUUGCUUUUCAAAGAAGGAUACCAAGAUAACUAAGCAAAUAAAAUAACAGAAGUAAAUUAGAAAGUUGUUCAAAAUUGCAUCAUGAAUGUUUAAUUUUCAGUUUAUUGUCCCUUAAAAACCAGCACAUAGUUUCUAUGUCUUGCUGCAGUGGGACUCUGAGAAUGCUUGCUCUGCCUUAUGAAGAAUUUGUAGCCAUAUAAUAUUCCAUGUACUGAGGAUAUUUCAAAAUGGAAUACAAUUUAAUUUUUUUGCUGUUUUAUUAAAGACUGUUAUGUAUGUGUUGAUAAGAAGUACAAUUUAUUUAAUUUAUUUUAUUUUAUUUACAUUGUGUAGCUAGAACUUUCCAUAGACUAAUGUAUAAUUCCAAAAAUAUAUUUAGCAUGAUAUUCAGCAAAGUAUGUAGCUUUAAAGAGUCACUGAACACUUUGCAAUUGUAAAAUAAUAUGCUUAAUUAUGUGUAUUAUGCUUAUAUUAUUUAUAUUGUCUCCUUUUUUUGUAAUUUAGCUCUAAAAAGUGUGGGUUUAGCCAUUCCAAGAGUUUCUAUAAAAUAAUGGGCACCAUCAUGUUGAAACCACAAUUAAGAACAAGAGCAUAACUGUGUGUAAUAUUGCAAUAGUAACUGGUACUGUGCUAUUUUCCACACAGCCUUUGUUUGCACACUGAAUAUGUCCCAAAUUGUCCUCAGCACCAAUAUUAUAUAAAGAAAACAUAGGUUUCAAGAUGGCAGCCCCCAUUACUUUAUAGAUAAUAAAGUGAAACAUUUGGGAAUUCAAUGUGUGAACGAAUGUUUAGUUUAAAUUCAUUUUAAAAAAAAAUGUGAUAUGUGUAGUAUACUUUUGUUUUUUCAUUUGUUUGUAUAAUCUAAAAUAUAUCAUGGUUGUGUUAAAAUGAAUCCAUUUGCUCAAAAGAUUGUGCUUUCAAUAUACAAAUUAUGUAUCGGUAACAUUUACACUAAAAUGUCAUGCAUACAAAAGAGCAGUAAUAUUUUUUUGCAUCAAAAAAGGUUAAAGGGACAGUCAACUCCAAAAAUUUUUAUUGUUUAAAGAGAUAGAUAAUCCCUUUAUUACCCAUUCCCUAGUUUUGCAUAACCAACACUGUUUACCACUGGUGCAAAAUACGUUUUUUGGAACAUGUAAUACGAAUGCAACCCGACUAGCGCAAAAAGCUUAACUCUUGAGGAGUAUUCGUGAUCACGGUAAAAAAACACAGUGCCACUUGGAAUAUAGCCCUUUGUGUUUAAUACACAUUUGAAGGGAUUAAGCACAUACAGCGAGAUUACAAGUUGUGUGGUAUAGCCGUAGCGUACACACCGCGCAAAAUGGGUCCGUACCACUAUUUCUAUACCACAGCCAUUGCAAGUAACAAAAAAUCUUUCUUUUGUUGUGCUGUAUGGUGCAGUAAGCCAACACUAAAUAAAGUUAUUAACCCCUAAUCCAGCGUCCCCCACAUCGCUACUACUAAAAAAAAUCUAUUAAUCCCUAUACCGCCAGCCAACCACAUUGCCAACACUAAAUAAAGCUAUUAACCCCUAAACCACCAACCCCCAAUAAAGCGAUUAACCCCUAAACCACAAACCCCCCACAUUGCUACUACUAAAAUAAACCUAUUAAUCCCUAAAUGCCGGACAAACACAUCACCAACACAAAAAAACAAAAUCUAAGAUUAAACAAAAUAACAAAACCUAUCUGCACAAAAUAACAAACUCUAAAUUACGAAAAAUAACAAAAUCUAAGCUUACAGAAAAUAAUAAACAAAAUUAUCCAAAAUAAAAAAAUUAAACCAAAUCUAAUACCCCUAUAAAAACAAAAAAGCCACCCCAUAAUAAAACACCCCCUAAGCUAACAAUAAACUACCAAUAGCCCUUAAAAGGGCCUUUUGUAGGGCAUUGCCCUAAGUUUAACAGCUCUUUAGCAUUAAAAUAAACCAAUUACCCCCUAAAAGUACAACCCCCCAUCGAACCUGCUCAUUGCCCCUAAAGGGGCAUUUUUAUGGGCAUUGCCCAUAAAAGGGUAAUCAUCUCUUUAGUGCCCAUUAAAAAAAAAGAAGCCCUAAUCUAAAAUAAAAAACACCCCAAGGAAAAAGCUAACACUAAUCCGAAAUAGGUACUCACCAUUCCUGAAGUCCGGCGGGGAAGGUCUUCUUCCAGGCGACUCCAUCUUCAUCCAGCGCGGGACCACCUUUUUUCUUCAUCCCGGAGGUGCGGAGUGAAGAAUAUGCGAUCGGGUUUACAAACAAAUUGGGGUUUUUUCCAAUUUUUUUGCUCCAUUGACUUCAAUGGGGAAAUAAGUGAAUGCACACACACUAUUCUAAGUUCGGCUUUUUGCGCGCGUCCGGUUAGAGCAAGAGCAAAAACAGUUUAUUUUCAACUCAUAAUACGAGCACAACCCGAUGAGUGCAAAAAGCUUAGUUAUAUUUUGGUUGGCAUUUGGCCAGCCUUUUGGUAGAAUUAAUUAUAAGUUUUUAUAUUUUUCAUUUUCACCCUGGAGGAUAAAAAAUGUACUCUGAUUAGUAAAUGGGAGGGUCAGAUAUGACUGUAAACCACUACCUACUCAAACCUUUGGAUUGGACAACUUGGUGUUGGUAUUUAAAUGCCGGCAAGACUGAGCAUUCAAUUAUGGAACAUAUUAUGUGUAAAAUAUUGCUCUUGAGAAAGACAAUAUAUAAUCAUUGAGAUAUACUAAGCUAAUUUUACUCUGUGAGCUAUUUUAUUCUGUGGGUAGUUUUAUGAAUUAAAGAAGCUUAAUUUA